AUCUGAUAACGGAUGAAAUGGCGACCCUCAGUUCAGGUCCAGCUUCAUUGUCAAGGACGCACUGGAAACAGUGCUUUCUGUUUCGUCUGCAAAUGCUGAUUAUAGACGGUGGACUACUAAUACUAAGAAAUAUUUUUGAUCAGAAACUUCAAAAUGUUUCUCUAAGCGCAUUUUUGCAACAAGAGAGGUCAACAAUAACCAAACUAAAAUCACGCGGAAUAAUUACCCAGGUACAAUAUGAUCUACUGUUUCCAUCAGGUGGCAGCGGUCCAACUACAACAGACCUAGACAUCACAUUAAUCAUAUGUCUCCUAAGAAACAUCAAGUCAUUCGGGCUGAACAAGAACUUUCAAUGGAACUCAAUUCCUGCAGCAGGCGAUACCUCAAUUGAGGCUGAUAUAUCUCGUCUGAGAAUAUACAGAAACGAGCUCAGUUGCAUAUCUUCAACAAGUGAAGUAUCAAUAAAUGUCUUCAAAGCAAAGUGGACGGAGAUCGAACAGGUUCUUUUGAGGUUGAACACGGCGGUGUCUCCCAUACCAGGCCUGCAAAAGAUAAUUGAUGACUUUAAAGUGAAUCCACUUGAUCCAUUUGCGGAGAUAAGGGUUCAGAAUGCCAUAGACAGUUGGAAAAUGUUAGAAAAGGGGGUAGAAGCAGAUUUAAAACUGUUGAAAAUGGAGGAGGAGAAGAUUAAAUGUACUCUGAGAGUGCAAGAUCAAACCACGAGAAAGCAUGCACAGAGUAUUGAUGAAUUUAACAAAAAGACGUGCAAACUUGAUAAACAAAUACAAGAAUUGAAAUUAAAGGAAGAAACUAGGAAAGAACUGAAGGAUGAACUUAUAACAUGGUACAACACCAAUCAGAGUACAGUUCCUCUUUCCCCACUCACAGAUGAUUCACAUACCCCUCUAGCUGGGUUCUACAUUAUGCCAGAAAUUGACAUACAAACUUAUCUGCCAGGUGGAAGGAAAGAGACAACUAGAGUCAAGUCGUUACAGGACCUGUCUACACCCAGUAAAAAGGUUUCACAGGAAAUAUAUGUAUCAGCGGCCGCAGGAUUUGGGAAAACAUCUUUUUCAAAAGAUCUCGUAAACACAUGGUGUAAAGCCCAUAUUAAGGAUGAAAAUUUUUACCAUUUUAAAGACGAAGACGUUUUUCUAGGUGAUGACGAUGAAGAGUUAGAUCCUUUUCUCUGUUCGGGGAAAGUAAAAAACAUUAAAACAUUAAUUGAAUCAGGGAGGCUGCCAAGACAAAGAAUACUUGAUGAGAUGUGUCAGAUUUUUGGGAGGAAAUCCAAAGCGAUAAUCGUCACAUGCAAGGCAAUUUGUGAAUAUAUCAAAUCAAAACAUGUCGCUAUUGCAUAUGUUUGGGCUGCGUAUACAAUUGAAAACCGCAAAGAAUAACUUUUGUAAUAACUG